UGUACUGCGCAGGGGAUUUAUACCGCAUAUCUUCAAGCAACGUCCGAAGAAACUCUAAACCGUCACUAUGGUUGUGUGGACAGAUGCCGAGCGGAGCGCCAUCACUGGCCUGUGGGGAAAGAUCAGUGUCGAUGAAAUCGGACCUCAGGCUCUUUCCAGACUUCUGGUCGUCGCUCCAUGGACCCAGAGGCACUUCGCUUCCUUUGGUAACCUGUCCAGCCCCGCUGCCAUCCAGGGAAACCCCAAAGUGGCUCAACAUGGCAAGGUGGUUAUGGGUGGACUGGAGAGAGCAAUCAAGAACUUGGACAAUGUCAAGGCUGCCUAUGCUAGUCUGAGUGUGAUGCACUCUGAGAAAAUUCACGUGGAUCCCGACAACUUCAGACUUCUCGGAGACUGCAUCACCGUUUGCGUGGCCAUGAAGUUCGGACCCUCCGUCUUCACCCCUGAUAUGCAGGAAGCCUGGCAGAAGUUCUUGGCUGUCGUUGCGUCUGCUCUGAGCAAACAGUACCACUAGUGUCAUCGUCAAUAAAAAUGGAAAGCAGUUUUAGGUUAACUUAAUAAUGUCUAAAACUGUUGACCAAAGAGAUUGUCCUGACAAAUAAAUAAAACAUCUUAAAUGCACAA